AUGAAACUUACGGGGUUGAAGAUUUUUGCUGGAGAUUAUCUGCUAAGCGUUAUUGAAAUGCAGCAGAAAACGGUGUUUGAUUUUGCUGGAGAUAUUUACCAGGCUACGGUGAUGGCGCUCAACAAAUAUUUCAACCAGACUUGUGACACAACGAUGGAACGUAUCAAGUUCCGGGACAUGCGUAUGGAUGGUGUGGAAUCGUUUAUCGAUUGGGUACUACGUUUGGAGAAUCAAGCUAAGUUCUGUGAUUUCGAACAAGAACAGCGAGUGGAAGAAUUUAUUCAAGCGCUAUUGCGUCGCUCAAAACCAGGAAUUGCAGAGAAGUUGUAUGAAAUGUCGGAUUUUUUGGGAAAUGAUUUGGAGCGUAUCAUUAACUAUGGUAAACAUUUGGAUUACAUAAGAGCGGAAGCGAACGAGGUUAAAAUGCCGAUGCCGGAAGGCCAGGGUUCCAAUACAUCGCAGCAGGAAGGAACUUAUGCUAUUGAAGUAAAACCAGUCAAUGCGCUGCAUUAUCGGAAGCAAGGAACACAUGGUAAUCAGGAUAUCGGUGAACGGUCACGCAAUAUGUCCAGAGGAUUCAGGUCGAACAAUUUCAAUGCCCGUUCCAGAGAAAAUUCAGAUCGUAGCUGCUUGAAGUGUGGACGAGUUCAUGGUCCGAAAGAAUGCAGAGCGUUCAGGGUCAGGUGCUACAAUUGCAAAAAAGUGGGCCACUUCGCAGAACUGUGCUUUUCGUCGAGAAAUAGUUCGACCAAUGCAGGUAACCGAAUGAGAACGGGACGGGACGAGGAGCUGAAGCAUGAAACUGGAAUAAUAAAUCAGGUAGAUAACGAGCAAUCUUUUAAUUAA